GUGCACAAAAGAUUAAGGGACAUCGCAGGUUUACUGAAUUUCAGUAGCUUAUUGAUUCCUUUUUAGAGCUUAUAUACAACUGAAACAGUGGCAUGAUUCUCAAAACGUAGAGAUUAUACAGGAGAAUAUUAAUGGCGACAAAACUGGUAUGAAUUCCACUGCAUUGAUUUCAUCGCCGAAUACAUCGUUGUUAAUGGAGGACUUCUAUUUUUCAAACAUAUCUAACUCGAGUCUUGUCUCCAGGAACCAGUCAGAGAGCAUUUUAAGCACUCCUGUCGAAUUGUUGAGCGAAGAGCAACUGCGUUUAACUCGCUUAGUGGUUCAAAAAUGUCUUGUUCCUAUCAUCACCUGCGCAGGCGUGACCGGAAAUGUUAUCAGUAUUGCCGUUUUGACUCACAAAAGUAUGAAGACAUCAACAAAUUGCUACCUUACAGCACUGGCUAUAUUUGAUGUGUUAUAUUUGCUUACAAGCAUGGCAUUAAGUUUAAAACACUAUGAGGAAAUAAAUGAGCAAAGGAUAUACAAAUACUUUUAUUUAUACUCCCGAGUAUUUGUGGAUAUAUGGUCAAACAUAUCUGUGUGCUUGACAGUAACGUUUACAGUUGAACGGUACGUGGUCGUAUGCCAUCCGAUCAAGGGGCGCGCCAUCUGCACCCCUAGCAGAGCCAGACUGAUCACACUCUUUGUUGUUUUAUUUGUAUUUUUGGCAACGUCACCAGAAUUCUUUGAAUGGGAAGUAUACGAAUAUGUUGAAGAACAAAAUAACAUUAACAUGACCUCCUUCGGGAUUCGAACCACCGAGGUAGGGAGUAGUAAGGGUUAUGCCGUAUUCUACAGCUGGUUUAUCGUCUUCAUGUUCACUUUUGCUCCACUGGCAGCAUUACUGAGUUUCAACAUAAUUUUGAUUCGGUCAGUGUGCAAAGCAAACCGAAUACGGAGAAGAAUGACGUACGUUGCCGUAAAGCGUCCAGGUGAAAAACAGUCAGGUGAACAAACUAAAGUCACGUGCAUGUUGAUCAGCGUUGCUUUUGUGUUUAUUAUUUGUCAGCUUCCAACAGCAGCCAUGAUUAGUUUUAUGACAUAUCUUGAACUAGCUGGGGUUGAACUUACCAGAUCUGGAAAUCAUUAUCGGAUCAUCGCGGGAAAUGUAACUAAUACUUUAAUAUCAGUGAAUGCUGCUGUCAAUUUUGUUCUAUAUUCGGUAAUGAGUUCGAAAUUUAGAAGAGUAUUUUUGCGAAUGUUUUGCAAACACACGAAAUAUGGUACUGUGCUACGCCGGAGUAAUUCGGAAUAUUCCUAUUCUACAGGAGUUUCCUCUGUCCGACGGAUUUCAGCUUAUCGUGAUUUUGAGAGUAAACGUCUACGUAAAUAUGCUGACAAUUCCCACUCCCCGGAUCAACCAAUCAAACAUUACAAACUUCUAUCAAAUCGAAAGCAAUCGCAGGAAACUCUCUUCUCCAGAGAACCACUGGGUCACAAAAAAUGCUUUUCAAAAUUGUCCUAUACUGACACUGUGUUGUAACGAUGUGAAACUUGUGAUUUAUUCUUAUUUUUUAUAAUUAUAUUUUAUUCUUGAUA